GGUCACUCUCAAGAAUGUACCAGACGGCGCUUUUUUCAAAAUGGCGUCGCAAAUGGAGAGCAUGCUGAAACAUUUUCAAAACAAUAACAGAAUACGCGAUAUACAAGCUCAUUCAGCCAAAGUUCACUCAGUGGCUUGGAGCUGUGACGGCCGGAAGUUAGCAUCUGGGUCUUUUGACAAAACAGUCAGCACUUACUCACUGGAUCGCGAUAGAUUGAGUAAGGAUCAUAUUUUCCGUGGCCAUGGUGACAGCGUGGAUCAACUGUGUUGGCAUCCACGCAAUCCAGAACUCCUCGUCACAGCUAGCGGGGACAAGACAGUCCGCAUCUGGGACACUCGUUCCAGCAAGUCGGCAGCUACAAUUAAUACAAAGGGAACAGUUAGAAAACCUACUAAAGAGUCCACUAGAGGCAUCCAGCUUGCUAGAAUCAAACAGCUGGAUGUCAUCGGCAUACAUAUGAUGAUUAACUGUGUUCCUCCGUAUGACAUCUCCAAGAUUUCUCGUAUAAAGAGUAAACAAUACCAGUCCAAGGACCGAUCCUUGAGGAACUCCACAACAUAA